GUAAACAAACAAAAAAACAACUCAAUUUCCCAGAGUCCACUUUCCUGUUUCCGGGGUGGGUUUAACGAAGGUCAAUCUGGUGGAGGAGUUACUGCAAACAUGGCAGCCUUCAGAGUAAUAAGGUGUGUGAUCAGAGAUUCUGCACGUCUCAGAAACGUGGACCAGAAAUCAGCCGUGCUGUUUCGAUGUGAAAGAAGGACGCUUUGCAGCGACUCUGCUAAUAACAGUCCCACAGAUGGCAGAAGUCCCCAGUUUUCAGACGAGGAGGUUCAGAAUAUUUUGACCAAAAUCACAGGGCUGGACCUGCAGAAGGCAUUCCGACCUGUUAAACAGGAGCUGAAGCCACCAGCCUACAGACUGAUGACAGACGCUCAGCUUGCACAGGCUACACAGAAAGCAAUGCAAGUUGCUAAAGAAAGGCUAAAAAUGCCACCAGUUCUUCCAGAACGAAAACCGAUUGAUGACGUUUUAGCAGAAGAUAAGUUCCUGGAGGGAUUGGAGACAGCGAAAUAUGUGUUUACUGAUAUUACCUUCAACAUCCCACACAGAGAGCGUUUCAUUGUGAUCCGGGAACCUGACGGCACUUUGCGCAAGGCAACCUGGGAGGAACGAGACCGGAUGGUGCAGCUCUACUUCCCAAGGGAAGGCAGGAGGCUCACGCCUCCACCAGUCUUCAAAGAGGAAAACCUAAAGGUUGUGUUCCUCCAAGACCGUCAGGAGGACAUCCUUGACCUCUGCCUUGUCCAGUUUGAACCGGAUUCACCAGACUACAGAAGAGUCCACAAUCUAACAUAUGAAGACAUUGAUAAAUAUGGAAAGUAUGACCUCCUGCGUUCAACAAGGCACUUUGGUGGAAUGGUCUGGUACUUGGUGAAUGGAAAGAAAAUAGACGGCUUGCUGAUCGAUAUGAUCCAGAGAGACCUAAUACAAGAUGCUGCAAGUGUUAUUCAUCUCUACCACAUGCUGCACCCUCAAGGUCCAUCUGCAAAGGAAGCUGGCAAGCAUCAAGCCCAAGGGAUUGAUUUGGUAAAGAUUUUUGCCAGGACAGAAUCUCAGAAGGCUGGAUAUAUUGAACUUGCACUCCAAGCUUAUCAGGAAACAUCAGCUGAACGUUCUGCACAAUCAUCCUCACCUUGAACUGACAAAUGCAGAAUCUGGUAACUUAAGGAGAAGGUGGUCUUUGAGAAGAAUUGUCCUUCACCCUGAAUGACCCGUUCUGUGCAACUGAUUACUUGUUGAAGGACUCGUACCAGUUUGUUACAGAAGUCUUUGUUAAUGCUUUAAUAAAAUACUGUACAUACAUUGUUUCAAAUAAAUUGACUCCAUGGACAUGCAUCAGCUUCUUCACUCUAAAGUUUAAGACUUCUUU